AUGUCGCUGAACGGCCUCGACGACCAGGCCGUCGUCGAUGCCUACCAGGCGGCCCUGGCCGAGGCGGGAGGAUGGUUCCUCCUCAAGUACGCCUCGAGAGACGCCGUCGAAAUAUUCCAAGCCGGCACCGGCGCCAGCGGUGGCGUCAGUGAACUGCGCAAAACCGUCGCCCAGUACGAAGACAAGUCGCCGCUGUACGGCUUCCUGCUCUAUCGCCACCGUAACGUGCUGCUUAAAUACGUCCCGGAAGCUCGAGUUACCGUGCACUUCACCGAGAUUGAAGAAAAGUUCUCCCCUCACGACUCCGUCUUCAACUUCGCCUCGCCCGAGGACCUCUCGGACAAUGCGCUCGCCGCCGCCAAUUCCCUGCACACGGCUGCACCGCCGAGCCCGUUGGCGGAGAAGAAGAAGCUGGAUGGGAUACACGAGGAUGCCGAGAACAAAGGUCCAGGCUCUGGCGAGGGAGCAACCAUAGCAGUGACAGACGCAGACGUGGGAUCUACAGUCAAUGCGGAAGGAGCACCCAGCCCCAGAGCUUCGGAAGAUCAACGACCAAAAUCGCCAGGAGGUACGGGCCAGAACUCGCUUGACGACGUUCUCGGCAGCCCCAAGGGGUACGCAACGUCUGUCCGCUCGCUCAACCAGUACGACCCCCUCUACCAGGACGAACACCAGCGUCGCUUCUCCACCCAAACCGCGCGGCCCGGCGGGGCAGACCUCUAUGACUUCUCCUACCUUUACAAGCCCAAAGUCAAGCUCGGUCCUAGACCUACGACGGAACGUCCCCACAGCGCAGCGGACGGGAACGGCAAGAGCGCAAAGUUGCCUGCUAGCCUAAAGUCUGCCGUGCGCAAGACCACCCCAUCGCGACCAAAGUCGAGAGAUACGAGCGCCGUUCCGAGCAUCGGCGUGCCACCACCUGCGACGAUGCCCCCUGUCCCAGACAUACAUGCGACGGCCCCCGCGCGACCAACGUCAAGCCCCGGACCACAGUCUUCGUCAGCUUCGACAAAGUCGAACGGCAUAACACCGGAAAAGCAACGUUUGAUGAAGGCGUUGGAGUUGCGAAAGAAACAGAUGGCGGCCAAGGCCGCCAAGGAGAAAAAGAAGACACCCGACAAACUGGAAGUCCCAACGGCGGAUGACGCCACCACUGGCGCAAGCAAAGCGCAGGCCUCUGAGGAGGAUGGUGCUGCAGACGCCGUCGCGGAAGACUGGGCUACGCAACAGACGUCGGGUAGCACCGAUUCUGGAAGGACAUUGAAGGCUGAGGCCCCAGCGACCCCGGACCACACUAAGGCUGACUCUGGAGUGUUGAUGAGCGAAUCAGGAGACGGAGAUGAGGAUGGCGCACGGGCACCCACACCAGUAGCGUCUUCGCCUAUAUCUAUUCAGGAGUCCCUCAAUCCCUCCUCAACCCGUCCAUCCUCCAUUUCAGAGGCCGGCGACCAGAAAGAUCGGCUUAAUACCGAGCAAAAGGCCGAAAUUUUGGUAACGAAUUCCAACGCCGAGGCCAGAACCGGCUCCGUGGCGGCGGAUCUAAACCGGGCCUGUGAAGCCGAACAGCCCGUUGCGGCUGUUUCAUCUCCGGACAGGGGUGCGACGGGAGUACAUCAAACAACGGCCGCGAAGGCCCCAGAGCCGGUUAGGGAUAACAAAACCGCUUCGCCUACUCUCGAGGACGCCGCCUCCGUGCCACUCCCGCAACGUCGCUCGUUGUCGACCGAUAAGCGCCGCAGCUACAAUUCGGUCAAGCGCCGCAGCUACAACUCGGUCAAACGCCGCAGUCACAAUUCUGUCAUAAUUGACGUCACUGGCGACACGUCCGAUUCUGACUAUCUUUCCGACGACUCCUUCAUGGAGGAACUACAGAGCGCCACGGUCGAGGAGGCCAAGCCCAUGUCCGUGUCCAAGUCGCCCAUCAUGCCUAUCUUUCCCAGGCGCAAGUCGACAAACUCGGACUCCUCCUCAGGCCGGGAAGCUCAGCGGACGGCUACCCCAAACGACCAGGAACACCUCGCGCCUGACGAGGUCCCGGAAUCUUCUUCGUUGGCGCCGGCGUCAACUCCGUCGGCGCCCGAGCCGCACCGAGCCGUAUCCAACCCCGUUGUUCCAGGUACCCAGGAAGUGCUCACUUCUGAGCAACCUCGGGAUAGGAUGAGCAGGUCAAUGUCGGCGUCUCACGCAAGCUCGCCACAGGACAAGGAAGUCCCUCUCGCCAAAAAGAUUGGCGUUUCCACUGGCAUUGCAGGGCGUAUCGCAGCUUUGGCAGAGAAGUCGAACCGCGAGAGUGUCCAAAUGGUGCCUAGACCCAACGACGCAUCAAGCUUUUUGAUCGCAAAACGCCAGAGUUCAUUUAGAGGAAGGUCGCCUCCGGGAUCGCGACCUACGAGCAAACAAUCCAUGCACUCGAAACGUCUCAGCCAAAGCUCGUUCCAUAACCCCACGCCCAAGUUCCUCGCCAAGCAACAUACGGGUAACUCAAACGACAACUUGCACACGGUGUACAACAAAAGUUCAAACAGCAGGCCCGAGUCUGUGACUGUGACCGCACGCAUCAUCCGGACUCCUGGGCCUGAACCGUCUGAGCUCAUCACGCCAAUUGACCAGCAGCCGACGAUGGAUUUCCAGCAAAGCGAUAUCACCAUUGAUCACAUCAAGCCUCAAUCCCCGGAACCAUCCGUCCAGUCGCCAGCGAGCCAACUUUCUCCUGCUCAGCCUGCUCCGGCCCCCAAAUCGCCAGAGGAACAAGCGUCCGAAAAUAGCUGGCGCUCCUUCAACCGCAGAAGAAGUGAGAUCGGAAUGUCGCCCCCACCGGCGGCUGCGCGGAGCCAGUCCAUUACCAGCAUAGAGAGCACUGAGAGCAGGUCCGAGGAGAGGAAGGGAUCGAAAGCGAGCAGAUUUUUGAAGCGGAUGAGCAACAGCUUCAGCCCGGGCAAGAAGAGCUCGACUCAAACGCUUAGCCCUACGGUUCAGGAAGAGCCGAUCGAGGAGACGCCCGCCGCCAAGCCGGUGGCACAGCCCAUGGAGAUUGGGGACCUGAACGUGCAGUUCCCCGACACUCUCUUGUGGAAACGGCGUUGGGUGGAGGUCGACGACGGCGGUAACCUUGUUCUCUCGCCCCCGUUGCAAGCCAAGGGUAUCACGAAGCGGUACCACCUGUCGGAAUUCCUGGCACCGAUCAUCCCGGACCAUGAGAGGCAGGAGAUGCCUAACAGCGUGAUCCUGGACUUCGCCGACGGGCGCACUCUGCAGUGCGCGUGCGAGGAUUCGGCGCGCCAGGCACAUGUGCUCGAGCUGAUGAGGCAGGCGUGGACGGCGUACAAGAAUUAAGGUGGACAGACAAUUUGUUCUGUACUGACGCCUUAACGCAUUUUCUCGACCUUUUGCAGGCAGCCACUGCCACGAGCAGCGAAAUGCCACUCGGCGAGCAAGCAAGCAAGUAAAACGCGGCGCCGCAUACUCACCCACCUAUUCUCGCAUCGACUCGAACUCCCUCCUGGCUUUCCUUGACACGACAUGUUUUGUGCCGCAUGACCGUACGAACUCCCCUCGUCGCAAAAUUCCCACCGUUGUUGGCAACUUUGCAUAUUCUCCUUGCAUCUUCCCUUUUUUCCUGUUGUUUGGACGGCUUAAAUUGAGGGCAGCAUAACUACCUUUAUUCACAAUAUCCUCUUCCUUUCGGCAAAUUCCCCCCGGGCUCUUCCUUUUUUUUUU